AUGGCCCCGAGCGAGCUUGACCCGCCGGGUAUGUCAGAUGACUUCUAUCGCGCAUCUGUCGUUACGCUCACCACGCACAUCGACGAUGCGCGCAACAGAAUCGCGGCGAGCACCACCGAGCAUCUCAACCAGCUGCGACGGAAGGUCGAGGUCGACGUCGAGUGGAUGAAGAAGGAGACGGAGGCUCGCUUCGUGCAGCUCGAGUGCGAGGCGAAGGAGGCGCGGGAGCUCAUCGCGACGCUCCGCGCAGAACUGACUAAUGCCGAGAAGAAGGAGGCCAUGGCGGUGGCGGAGGCGAGGAAGGCGCGCGCUGAGCUGGACGAGCUGCGAGAUUCGGUGCAGUCCGGGAAGGAGCCCCUCCGCGCGGAGCUCGAGAUGUGGAAGGAGAGCAGCAGGAAGUAUCGCAAGAAGCUCGAACACUCGGAGCAGGCGCUGGCGCGUCUGAAGGCGCGCGCGGGCGCGGCUGGGUUCGUCGAGGCCACGCCGCCGCACCAUCACGCCUCCGCUUUUCGCCCCCACGCCAAGCGGGUCAGGAUGGAGGAAACGAGGAAUCUCGCCGCGGAGGCGCCGGCGACGUCGCCCCCGCGCCAAGCGGAUCCCGCGGCGCCCGAGUCAAAUGCGGACCCCUCACCGCCGGACGUCGACCCCACGCUGGCGCAGAUGCCGGCGCCCGCGGUGCCGGACCCGGGCGCGAGAUGGCGACGCAAGGGCGGCGGCACAGCUGGCGGUGGCACAGCUGGCGGGCGGGUCGCCGCGCUCGCCGCCGAGGCGUCGCUUCGACGGGCGAACAGCGGCGACUCACAGCUGUGGGGCGCGACGCAGGUGCGGGGCGGGGACGCGCGGGGCGGUGACGCGUACGCGGCUGAGGAUAGACGAAUAUUCAAGCUCGGCGUGCCGCCGACGGAUCGAAGACCCGGCGCCGUUACCAUCGGCGGCGACGAGAACGCGGCGGGGGGCGAGGGGAAGUUCCCGGCGCGGGGGGAGAAGGAGGAGAGGGUGGUCAAGUUCGUCGAGGUCGUGCGCAAGAGGUCCGAGCGCGAGAAGCUCCCGGCGUUCACGUGCGAGGAGUGCGACAAGUUCUACGCCGCCGCCGGUCUCACGGGCGCGUCCAGGCCGAACGACGGCGCGUGCCAGCACUGCCCACCGGGCACCACCGACGACUGGUCCAGGCACCGCGCUCGGUGGGCGCCGCCGCCCGCGCCGAAGGGGUACUGGAACCUCGGGUUCGGCACGCAGCAGUCCACCGAGCGUCAGUCGACGUAG